AUGUCCUGGAAGCUGGGCAAAAAGUUCAAGGACGGCGCCGCCCUUGGCUCCCGCUCCCCCUCGUCGGCCACCGCCCCCAUGGAUCGCUCCGCCACCCCGACGCCAUCCAACCCGCACGCCGGCUCCUCGUCCGUCAACCCGCUCGCCUCGUCGACCGGCGCGCCCAUCCCGCGCUCCGGCCUGCUCACCAUCCGCGUCGUCGAUGCGCGCGGCCUCUCGCUCCCCGCCGGCACCCAGACACCACCCGCCAUCGCCCGCGCCCUCGCCCAAAACGGCCCCGCCUCCGGACUCGCAUCCGGCAACCGCGACAACCGCCAGAGCAUGCAGCGGAAGCAGUGCUGGUGGCUCCCCUACCUCGUCCUCGAGUUUGACAAAAACGAGAUCCUGAUCGACGCCCUCGGCGGCGACAUCCAGGGACCCACCUGGAUGUUCAAGGCACACUUCGACGUCUCGAGAAACUCCGAGAUCAGCCUCCAGAGCUAUCUUCGAUCCGGCGACGGCCCGAAUGCCAACCCCGGCGACGGUCAACCAAAGGACGGACAGGGCGACGACGUCAUGGGCGUCGGCGACAUCUACCUCGGUGGCGUCAAGUUUGUGCCCGACUUUGAGAACCAGCGAACCACCGACGAAUGGUACCCGGUCGCAGGCGGCACCGGCCAAAUACACAUCCAGGUGUCGUACAAGAGCGACUCGGGCGGCUCGCUCAACAUGGACGCCUUUGAACUGCUCAAGGUCAUUGGCAAGGGGAGCUUCGGCAAGGUGAUGCAAGUGCGGAAGCGCGACACGUCUCGAAUCUACGCCCUCAAGACGAUCCGCAAGGCGCACAUUGUCUCGCGGUCCGAGGUGACGCACACGCUGGCCGAGCGGACAGUGCUGGCCCAGGUCAACAACCCCUUUAUCGUCCCGCUCAAGUUUUCGUUCCAGAGCCCCGACAAGCUCUACCUCGUCCUGGCCUUUAUCAACGGCGGCGAGCUCUUCCACCACCUUCAGCGCGAGGGGCGUUUCAACGAGGAGCGAUCACGCUUCUACGCGGCCGAGCUGCUCUGCGCUCUCGAGCACCUCCACGGCUUCAACGUCGUCUACCGUGACCUCAAGCCCGAGAACAUCCUCCUGGACUACACCGGGCACAUUGCGCUGUGCGACUUUGGCCUCUGCAAGCUCAACAUGGGCGACCAGGAGACGACCAACACCUUCUGCGGCACGCCAGAGUACCUGUCUCCGGAGCUGCUGCUGGGGCAGGGCUACACCAAGGCCGUCGACUGGUGGACGCUGGGCGUGCUGCUCUACGAGAUGCUGACGGGCCUGCCGCCGUUCUACUCGGAGGACGUCAACGAAAUGUACCGCAAGAUUCUGCAGGACCCGCUGCGGUUCGGCGACGAAGUCAGCCCGGACGCGCGCCACCUGCUGACGCUGCUCCUCAACCGCGACCCGUCGCAGCGCCUCGGCAGCGGGCCCAACGGCGCGGCCGACAUCAAGGCGCAUCCCUUUUUCGCCAAGCACAUUGACUGGAAGCGGCUGCUGGCCAAGAAGGUGCAGCCGCCGUUUAAGCCGAGCGUGGCCUCGGCGAUUGAUACGUCCAACUUUGACCCCGAGUUUACCAACGAGCCGCCCAUGGACAGCGUCGUCGACGACAGCCACAUGCUGAGCGCGACGGUGCAGGAGCAGUUUGUCGGCUUCUCGUACAACGCGCCCAACGACCUCACGCAGGGCGAGAGCCUGCGCGACUAG